AGACGAAAAAUGGCGGCGGCCGUGACCGUGGGGAGGGCGGGAUUCGUGUCCUUCAGAGGCGGCCCUCUGGGGGUGCAGAUCUGUCGCAGAGCGCAUGCGGCAGCCGCAGCUGCCCCCAGCACACAGGCGUCGGCGCGCAUCAAGAAGUUCGCCAUAUACCGGUGGAACCCGGAUAAUCCCGGUGAGAAGCCUCGCAUGCAGACCUACGAGAUAGACCUGAACAAAUGUGGGCCCAUGGUCCUUGACGCCUUAAUCAAAAUCAAAAACGAAAUGGACUCCACGUUGACUUUCCGCAGGUCCUGCAGAGAAGGCAUCUGCGGCUCGUGUGCCAUGAAUAUUAAUGGGGGGAACACUUUGGCCUGCACCAAUAGGAUCGACACCAACCUCAGCAAGGUCUCCAAGAUCUACCCUCUCCCUCACAUGUACGUGGUGAAAGACCUGGUCCCGGAUUUGAGCAACUUCUAUGCCCAGUACAAAGCUAUCCAGCCGUACUUGAAAAAGAAGGAUGAAUCCCAGCAGGGCAAAGAGCAAUACCUCCAGUCCAUAGAAGACCGGGAUAAGUUGGACGGCCUGUACGAAUGCAUCCUGUGUGCCUGCUGCAGCACCAGCUGCCCCAGUUACUGGUGGAAUGGAGACAAGUACCUGGGCCCUGCCGUGCUCAUGCAGGCCUACCGCUGGAUGAUCGACUCCCGGGACGACUACACGGAAGAGCGGCUGGCCCAGCUGGAGGACCCCUUCUCCCUCUACCGCUGCCACACCAUCAUGAACUGCACCAAGUCCUGCCCCAAGGGGCUGAACCCCGGAAAAGCCAUUGCUGAAAUCAAGAAGAUGAUGGCCACCUACAAGGAGAAGGCAGCCAGCGCUUAAGUCUGCGAGGGGGCCUCUGCUCCAUCA